CGCCCCUGUGGCUGACAGUACAUGCCUGCACGGUCUGGCCGAGGAUCCAGGAAGGUUAGCGGACAGAGAGGAAGGGGGACCGCGCACAUCAUGAUCGGAAAGCUCACCGCCUGAAAGCCGAGCACAGAUCCUCAACUCCAGCCCUGAUCCAAAGGAAGGCAUCAUGAUUCCUGUGAUGGAAUUCCGGCAGUUCUCUGAACAGCAGCCAGCGUUCAGAGUCCUGAAGCCGUGGUGGGAUGUGUUCACCGACUAUCUGUCUGUAAUCAUGCUCAUGAUUGGUGUCUUUGGAUGCACUCUUCAGGUAAUGCAAGAUAAAAUCAUAUGCCUUCCUCAAAGAAUAUCAUCAGGGAACACGAGUGACAUGGAAGUUUUACACCUGCAAUCCAAUAGUUCAGCAGUGAGAGAAAUGACAGGCCUGAAGACAGAUCUGGAUCUUCAACAGUACAGUUUUAUCAAUCAGAUGUGUUAUGAGAAGGCUCUGCAUUGGUAUGCCAAGUACUUUCCCUAUUUGGUUCUUAUACACACUCUUGUCUUCAUGGUGUGUAGCAACUUCUGGUUCAAAUUCCCUGGCUCAAGCUCUAAAAUAGAGCAUUUUAUCUCUAUGCUUGGCAAGUGUUUUGACUCUCCCUGGACCACAAGAGCAUUGUCAGAGGUGUCCGGAGAAAAUCCAGAAGAAAAGGACCAUAAAAAAAGUGCAACAAGGUCCAACAUCGCUGUGCCUGGUGAAGGAAAUUUGGAGAAGACGCAGUCCCUUCGGUCUAUCCCAGAAAAGAUUGUAGUUGUAGACAAGCCUACAGCAAGUGUUCUUGACAAAAAAGAAGGUGAACAAGCUAAAGCUCUUUUUGAAAAAGUAAAGAAGUUCCGUUUGCAUGUUGAGGAAGGAGACAUCCUCUAUCUUAUGUAUGUCCGCCAAACAGUGUUCAAGGUGUUUAAAUUCCUCCUGAUCAUUGCCUAUAACAGUUCUCUCGUGAAUAAAGUGCGAAAUAGUGUACGUUGCGAAGUUGAGAUCCAGGACAUGACAGGUUAUAAAAACUUUGAAUGCAAUCACACAAUGGCACAUCUGUUUUCUAAGCUUUCUUACUGUUACCUGUGUUUAGUGGCUGUCUAUGGAUUAACAAGCCUUUACACCUCUUACUGGCUGUUUUACCGCUCACUGAAAGAAUACUCAUUUGAGUAUGUGCGACAGGAAACAGGCAUCAAUGACAUCCCAGAUGUCAAAAAUGACUUUGCUUUCAUGCUACACAUGAUUGAUCAGUAUGACCCACUGUAUUCUAAACGAUUUGCAGUUUUUCUAUCCGAGGUCAGUGAGAACAAACUUAAACAGCUCAACCUCAACCAUGAGUGGACUGCGGAGAAAUUGCGGCAGAGACUCCAGACAAACACCAACAACAGACUUGAACUUCAGCUGUUCAUGCUCCCUGGGUUACCCGACACUGUCUUUGAGUUGACAGAGCUGCAGUCACUCAAGCUAGAGAUCAUCAACAAUGUCACCAUCCCUGCCUCAAUCUCUCAACUUGAAGACCUUCAGGAGCUGUCUCUUUACCAAUGCUCUUUAAAGUUGCACACAACAGCUACCUCCUUCCUCAAAGAGAACCUGAAAGUGCUUCGUGUGAAGUUUGAUGAUAACAGGGAACUUCCACACUGGAUGUAUGGCCUGCGCAACUUAGAGGAACUCUAUCUCACCGGAUCUCUUAGCCCUGACGCCUCCAAAAAUAUAGUUUUUGAGUCACUGCGGGAGAUGAAGUGUUUGAAAACUCUCUCCCUAAAGACUAAUUUGACUAAGAUACCCCAGUCUAUAGUGGAUGUUUCCAGCCAUCUGCAGCGGCUCUACUUGCACAACGAUGGCACUAAGCUAGUAAUGCUCAACAACCUGAAAAAGAUGUCCAAUCUGAUCGAGCUGGAGCUAGUGCGUUGUGAUCUGGAGCGCAUCCCACAUGCAAUCUUCAGCCUGACAAAUCUGCAAGAGCUCGACUUGAAAGAGAACAACCUUCGCUCAAUAGAGGAGAUUAUCAGCUUCCAACAUCUUCGAAAACUCACUUGUCUCAAACUUUGGUACAAUGGCAUCAUGUACAUCCCAGAGCAUAUCAAGAAGCUUGGAAGCCUCGAGCGCCUCUACUUCAGCCACAACAAGAUUGAGAUAUUGCCUUCACACCUGUUCUUGUGCAACAAGCUGCGCUACCUGGACCUGUCCAACAAUGACAUCCGAUUCAUCCCUCCAGAAAUUGGAGUCCUUCAGAGUCUACAGUAUUUCUCUGUCACCUGUAACAAAAUCGAAAAUCUGCCAGAUGAGCUCUUCUUUUGCAAAAAGCUCAAAACGCUAAAGCUUGGCAAAAACUCACUGUCCAUACUCUCGCCAAAGAUUUCCUACCUAGCUCUACUGACAUACUUGGAGCUCAAAUGCAACCAUUUCGAGCUUCUGCCACAAGAGGUUGGUUGCUGUCGUGCUUUGAAGCGCAGUGGCCUUAUAGUGGAAGAGACACUGUUUGAAACUUUGCCUUCAGAUGUCAGGGACCAAAUGAAGGCUGAGUGACAUGCCUUAUCGUAGCCGCAGUGCCUGCUGUCAGAGCAUUUGUUUUGUAUGAACUCAUUACCAUAUUUAGGUAUUAAACUACUGUUAAGAAAGUUAAGAAUUAUUUUUGCAGUUUCCUUGACGGAGGGAAAUUUGACAUAUUCAUAUUGUCACAUACAAUGUGGCUGCAACAGGGUUGCUUGUUCUGUUGUUAUGAACUUGUGACUAUAUUAUCCAGUCAAAAAUCGCUUUUUUGCUGAGACUGAAAUGAGAUGAUUGAUGUCAAUCUCAUCUCCGUAUGUUAAACAUGAAGCUACAGUCCGCAGGUGAUUAGCUUAGCUUAGCAUAGCACAAAGAGCAGAAAUGAGGGGAAACAACCAAGCUGGCUCAGUCCAAAGGGUGAAAAAAUAAACCUACUAGCAUGUACAUGGAGAAUUACAUGCAGGACAUUAUUUUCGGCCUGGCACAGUUCCUGUAGUGUCUUAAUUGGUGCUGACAUUUCUGGUAAUCAGCUGUUUCCUCCUGCUUAAAGUCUUUAUGCUAGGAUGUCUGCUUGCUGUAGCUUCAUAUUUUACCCACAGGCAUGAGAGUAAUAUCAGUCAAAAUAUCAAACAAUUUUUAAGCACAUUUUACUGCUACAUAACAGAAAUCUGAGUACUUAUUGUAAAUCUAAACUGAAGACCUCACUUAAGUUUAGGCCAGUAGCCUUACAUAUGCUGUAUUUUAUAUAUUUUAUGUUGCCCUUAUGAAGCGUUUUAUUUUCUUUAAGAGACUGUUAGUUCACAUGGACCGCAGCAGGGAACAUGCAAACAAAGGACACUGUAUAUCAUACUUAAGUACAUGUAAUACCUUGGCUAAACAAUUCUGUAUUAUAGAAAGAUGACAUUUUAAAAGUGCAUUAAACUUGAAGGACUAUGU